UCCAUGAGGCUUUCAUAAAAAUCGGUCACACACUAACACAAACACCAACAACGUAACCUUAUCUCUCUCUCAGUUGCUCUCUCCCAACAACUUCGUAUCUCUUCUUCAAACCCAAUUCAAACACCAACCAACCAAUUUAAAUCUAAAACCCUAAUUCCCUUUUUUGUACCGGAAAAACAUUUCCACCAUGGACUCCAACACUUCUGCACCGGAAACCAUCUCACAUCUAUCAGGUUUUUCUUCCGCUUCUCUUUCUCAUGAUAAUCAGAAUACUCAUAAUUUUAUGAAGAACAAUGAUUCUGUGGCUGUUAAUAAUGGUAAAACUACUAGUAUUACCGACAGUAAUGGUGCUAAUAGUGAUGUUGGGUCUGAGGAUGGGGGGUUUGUGAGCGGAGAGGAGGAGUUUGAAACGCCGUCGGAGAAGCUAGUUAUGGAUGAACCAGUUGAUGAAACCAUUAAAAAAACGGUUGAAGGGGAUGAUUCCGAUGCUUUGUUUGUGGAUUCUCCGGAGUUUCCAAUGCCCAACAGUGUUGCCUCGAUCGAGAAGGUGUCCGUGAAUGAUAAUGAUGCUGAUAAUGUUAUAGGAGACUCGAAAAUUAGGGUUUUCAGAGGGGAGGAGUCAUUUGGUGAUGGUGAGGAAGGAUUGAAGGGAAUCUUGGGUCAGGUUUUUGUGAAAAACAUUGAAAUUGGGAGUGUGGCUUCUGCUGAAAAUGAUGGUUUGGUGGAAACAGGUUCGAGUGAGAAGGAUAAUUCUGGUGAAUUUGUGCCUGAGAAGCUUCAGGGCGUUGAGGAGCGAAAAAUUGAGGUUUUUGACGGUCAACAAUUUGUUGAAACUAGGGAACCUAGUGGGGUGGUUGACAUUAAAGCAGAGGGUGUGGAAUUUACAGACAGUGGGGACUCUGUUGUAAAUGACAUCAAUCUUGAUACUUUAGAGUCUGAAGCAGCUGUUGUUGUUGGGGAUGUGGAGGAAGUUAAGGAUGUUGAAAUUAAAGGGUUGGAGUUCCCAGUUAAUGGAAAUGUGGGCUUGGAAAAUGGAUUUGAUCCGAUUGACCGUGUUGUGGAAGAACCUGUGGAAUUGAAGCCAGUGGAAGAGGUAGUAAGCAAUAAUAACAUGGAAGUCACAGAAGUGCUGCCCAGUGGAAAGAAAAUUGAUUCUGCUGUUGUAGCCAAAGAUGACAAUUCAGAUACUGGCAAUGUUACCGUCGAUAAGGAGGACAAAGAAGUUAUAGAAAUCGAACCAAAAGCUGAUUCAGAAGCCAAACAGAGUGAGAUUGAAGUGGAGAGAGCUGCUGAUAUGUCGGAAUACGAGGCUAAACAUUCUGAAAAUGAUCAGAUUUUUUUUAGUGUUAAUAAUGACAACUUGGAAAAUGGGACAUCGGGCAAAUCAGAAUCACCUGAAUCUGCAGAAAAGAGUACAAUUUCGAAUGUACAAGUUUCUUUGGAAGCUGAAGACGAUGAAGACCAUCAUCCUGACGAAGAAUAUGAGAUUGAAGGCUCAGUUACCGAUGGAGAGAAUGAAGGAAUGGUAUUUGGAAGCUCAGAAGCAGCCAAACAAUUCCUGGAAGAGUUGGAACAAGCAUCGGGUGUUGGUUCUCAUUCAGGCGCAGAGAGUUCUCGUGAUAACUCACAGAGAAUUGAUGGUCAAAUUGUCACUGACUCGGAUGAAGAAGUAGACACUGAUGAGGAAGGGGAGGGGAAGGAGUUAUUUGAUUCUGCUGCAUUGGCAGCUCUAUUGAAAGCAGCUACCGGUGCUGAUGCAGAUGGUGGUGGCAUAACUAUAACCUCUCAAGACGGAUCAAAGCUUUUCUCUGUUGAGCGUCCAGCUGGUUUGGGGUCGUCACUCCGUACUCUAAGACCUGCUGCGCGACCAAACCGCACUAACCUUUUUACACCCUCCAGUCUCACAGCCGGGGGAGAGACUGAGACCAAGAAUUUGAGUGAAGAAGAGAAAAAGAAAUUGGAGAAGCUACAGCAAUUAAGGGUGAAAUUUCUGAGGCUUGUUCACAGACUAGGUCACUCUCCAGAGGAUUCUAUAGCAGCGCAAGUACUGUACCGAUUGUCAAUUGUUGCAGGGAGGCAAACUGGCCAAUUAUUUAACCUUGAUGCUGCAAAGAGAACAGCCCUGCAGCUUGAAGCAGAGGGGAAAGAUGAUUUAGACUUUUCUUUGAACAUACUGGUUCUUGGCAAAACUGGUGUGGGCAAGAGUGCUACAAUAAAUUCUAUUUUUGGUGAGGAGAAGACUUUGAUUGAUGCUUUUGAACCUGGUACAACUUCAGUGAAAGAGAUCGUUGGAACAGUAGAUGGAGUUAAGAUCAGGGUCAUUGAUACUCCAGGUUUGAAAUCUUCUGGUAUGGAACAAGGUGCCAAUAGAAAGGCCUUAACUUCUAUAAAGAAGUUUACAAAGAAGUGUUCCCCGGAUAUUGUCCUCUACGUGGAUCGGUUGGACAGCCAGACCAGGGAUCUUAAUGAUCUGCCAUUGUUAAGGUCAAUCAGUAAUGCACUUGGUCCCUCAAUUUGGCGAAGUGCCAUAGUCACUUUGACCCAUGCUGCAUCUGCACCUCCAGAUGGGCCAUCAGGAUCCCCUUUGAGUUACGAAGUUUUUGUUGCCCAACGUUCCCAUGUUGUUCAGCAAUCCAUAGGGCAGGCUGUUGGUGACUUGCGUCUGAUGAAUCCAAGUUUGAUGAACCCAGUUUCUCUUGUUGAGAAUCAUCCUGCCUGUCGAAAGAAUAGAGAUGGACAAAAGGUGCUUCCUAACGGUCAAACUUGGAGACCUCAGUUACUUCUGUUAUGCUAUUCGAUGAAGAUCUUAUCUGAAGCUAGUUCUCUUUCAAAGCCUCAAGAGACAUUAGACCAUCGGAAACUCUUUGGCUUCCGUGUCCGUUCCCCUCCGCUUCCAUACUUGUUGUCUUGGCUGUUGCAGUCUCGUACACACCCAAAACUCCCCACUGAUCAGGGUGGUGACAAUGGUGAUUCUGAUAUUGACUUGGCUGACUUGUCUGAUUCUGAUCAAGAAGAAGAUGAGGAUGAAUACGAUCAGCUCCCACCAUUCAAACCUCUCAGGAAAGCUCAGAUUGCCAAGCUUAGCAAGGAGCAAAAGAAGGCAUACUUUGAGGAGUAUGAUUAUCGGGUGAAACUCCUACAAAAAAAGCAGUGGAGAGAGGAGUCGAGAAGAAUGAGAGAGAUGAAGAAGAAAGGAAAAGUUGCUGAUGAUGAUUAUGGGUAUAUUGGAGAAGAUGCUGAUCAGGAAAAUGGAAGUCCAGCUGCUGUGCCAGUCCCAUUACCUGAUAUGGCCUUGCCGCCUUCCUUUGAUGGUGAUAAUCCAGCUUUCAGGUACAGGUUCUUGGAACCAACAUCACAGUUCUUGGCAAGGCCAGUUCUGGAUACCCAUGGUUGGGACCAUGAUUGUGGGUAUGAUGGUGUUAACCUUGAACAAAGUUUGGCCAUUGCUAGUCGGUUUCCAGCAGCAGUUACUGUUCAAGUCACAAAGGAUAAGAAAGAGUUCAACAUUCAUUUGGAUUCUUCCGUUUCUGCUAAGCAUGGAGAGGAUGGAUCAAGUAUGAUGGGCUUUGACAUCCAGAAUGUUGGGAAGCAGCUUGCUUAUAUCGUCAGAGGGGAGACCAAAUUCAAAAAUUUCAGAAAGAAUAAGACAGCUGCGGGAAUAUCUGUUACAUUUUUAGGUGAAAAUGUUGCCACUGGGCUCAAACUUGAGGAUCAGAUUGCAAUUGGAAAACGUUUAAUGUUGGUGGGUAGCACUGGGACUGUCCGAUCUCAGGGUGAUUCUGCAUAUGGAGCCAAUUUGGAAGUUAGGCUCAGGGAAGCUGAUUUUCCAAUAGGCCAGGAUCAAUCAUCUUUGGGUUUGUCAUUAGUGAAGUGGAGAGGUGACCUUGCCUUGGGGGCCAACCUUCAAUCUCAAUUUUCGGUUGGGCGAGGUUCUAAGAUAGCUGUACGUGCGGGAUUGAACAACAAACUCAGCGGACAAAUUAGUGUUCGAACUAGUACAUCAGAUCAACUUCAGAUCGCACUUCUGGGUAUUGUUCCAGUUGUGAUGACAAUUUAUAAAAGCCUCCGCCCUGGGCUUAGUGAGAAUUACUCUAUGUACUAGAACCUUUAUUUUGUUGCUGUGUUUAGACUACACUGAAGGGGGCACCAUUAAUUAGAUUUAUGUCUAAGCAUAAUUUAGUCCUAGUUGAAUUUUCUGAAUAAUGCUUGUUUAUUUGGUGUAGAACGUUAUCGCUCUAAUGAGGUUCGUGUUAUUUUGCAUACCGGAUUGUAUUGAAUAUUAGGUGGAGGUGAGAGGAAAUAUGAAUAAAUUCAUUUUUCUUUUUCAAAUAAGACACCAUGUUUUUUUUUUU